UGAAUGGCUUUGCUUGCUCCUUCCCUCCGCGCCUCGCCGGGCUUCCUCUCUCCUCACCGUUGCCCAUCCCUUCGCUCGCCGUCCUUCGGAUUCUCCUUUUUCGUCCCCGAAGCCAAGCAAAACUCCGGCAAACUUGAUAGUCACCAAUGUCAAGCUGGAGUUGUUAUAAACCAGACACCCACAGAAGACCAAGUUUCCAAUAAUGCUCUCACUACCGGUGGUGCUUAUGGAUUUGAAGGUGCAACCACAUCUCUUACUAAUGAGCUCAUGCCUUCUUCGAAAAGGGUAACUUUGAUUAGACAUGGCCUAAGCGCUUGGAAUGAACAAAGUCGAGUUCAGGGGAGUUCAAACUUGUCCGUAUUGACAGAGACUGGAAUUAAGCAAGCUGAAAGGUGCCGGAACUCCUUGGUGAACAUGACCUUUGAUGCAUGCUUUUCCAGUCCUAUCUCGCGUGCAAAGUCAACUGCAGAGAUCUUAUGGCAAGGGAAGCAAGAACCACUUAUUUUCCUGGACUCAUUGAAAGAGGCUCACCUGUUCUUUUUAGAGGGCAUGACAAAUGCGGAUGCUAAAAAGCAAUACCCUGAGUUAUAUACUUCAUGGAGAGAAGAUCCAGCUAAUUUCCAUGUUGCCGGAAUUUAUCCUAUUCGGAAGCUUUGGGGAACAGCAAGGGAAGCUUGGAAAGAAAUAUUGUUGACUCCGGGAGAGAACUUUUUGGUUGUCACCCACAAAUCUAUUUUGCGGGCACUCAUAUGCACAGCUCUUGGUCUUACCCCGGAGAGGUUUCGCGCAAUUGAUGUGAACAAUGGCGGUAUUUCAGUAUUUAAAUUCAGCAAACAGGGUGAGGCAAUGCUACAAUGCUUGAAUAUGACUGCACACAUGUACACUGAUCACAUAUAUAACUACUGAGUUUAAACAUACAUGCUCAUACAACAUAACACAUUUUUUUGUAUUUUUAAAAUAUCUCCUAUUUGAUGUGAGAUUGUUGUAAGUUUCAUUAUAAAAGUUUUCAAUCUGUAGUUAUUUGCUUUAGCCUUUAUUUUUAUUUUUGUCUUGAUUAUUACUGGCCUCUCUAAGUGAUAUUCUUUUGUCAAUGUGGCACAAGUUGGAGUAUCUAGAUCUUUAAGUUUGUUGUUAUCUCAAAGUGGUGCAAUUGGGUCAAAUGUGGAGCCCAAUUUACUAUCAAUUUUAUUGGAAGUUAAAUUAGG